AUGGGCUCUUCUGUCAAGAUUUUGCCUUUGUCCGUCCUUACAGUAGCUUGUAUUUCACUAUCCAAGAUUGUGCAAUCCCAAACAAACAUCAGUGGUUUCAGAAAUAAGAGUGAAGUUACAGUUGGUCACAUGCAAGUAAAGUUGAAGGUGGGCCCAAUCCGAUCACUUACUAAGUUCUAUGUGGUAGACAUGGAUGUGGCUUACCAUGCUUUACUCGGAAGGCCAUGGCUCAACAAGCACAAACUUGUAGUCUUUACUUACCAUCAAUGCGUGAAAGGAAGGAUUGGGCUGAGGCCACUUCGCAUACCUGGAAAUCAAGCACCGUUCCACAAAAAUGAAACUCACUACUCCGAGGCAGAAUUUUACACUAAGUGCACAGGUACUGGAAGCAGCCCAUCCAAGGAUUUUGGGACCUAUCUGCCUUCAUGGACUGAAAUUCGUGAUCUAAGCAAUGAAGAACUCAUAACCAUUGUUGAUCGAGAAAGAAAAAGACACUCAGAGGUCAACAACCAUGCUUAUGAUCAUCCCCAAUGCUCGAAACCGAGAAGGAAUUUUCAUCCUGAAAUUGAAAAGCAAAUCAAGGUGGAGAUUGAAAAGUUGCUAGCUGCUGGAUUCAUCAGGCCAAUCAAGCACCCAACAUGGCUAGCAAAUAUUGUUCUUGUGAAAAAGAAGACUGGUGUGAUUAGAAUAUGCAUGGACUACCGAGAUCUCAACCGAGCUUGCCCAAAAGAUGAAUUCCCGCUGCCCAACAUGGAUAUCUUGAUCGAUUCAACCUCGGGUCAAGGCUUGCUGUCAUUCAUGGAUGGGUUUAGUAGCUACAAUUAG